UCUGACAUGACAUCUGUGGUGCCCCUCGAGAAUGCUACAUUUAUUCGUCCCCCUACGUUUUACAUCAGUGGAUUGAACAACAUGCCACAUGCAAAAUAUUACUAUAUGUUUUUGUGCUUUGUGUAUGCUGUCACUCUUUUAGGGAAUUCUUUUAUAAUGGGUACAAUAUACCUGGCACGUGCUCUGCACACAGCAAAGUAUAUAGCUGUCUUUAACUUGGCCUUGUCUGAUGUGCUUGGAAGCUCUGCUAUUAUUCCUAAAUAUGCAGAGAUGUUUCUGCGUGAGAACCAGUACAUAUCUUACAAAGACUGUCUGACAAGCAUGUUUUUUGUUUUUCUUUUUAUGACAAUGCAGUCAUAUACUCUGCUUGCUUUAUGUUUUGACAGAGUAAUUGCUAUAUGUUUUCCUCUGAGGUAUCAUGCUAUUGUCACCAAAACCACAAUGACUCUGAUCAUUGGUGUUAUGUGGCUCAUUUCUGCAUUUCUCGUUACCGUCCGUGUAGCUCUGAUUGCCAGACUGUCCUUCUGCAAAUCUACCACAGUUUACAGUUAUUUCUGUGAUCAUGGUCCAAUCUUCAGACUAGCUUGUAAUGAUAACUCUCCUAAUUACAUGAUGGCCUAUGUCAAUGUUGCUAUUGUGCUUUGCCUUCCAUUGAUGUUAAUAGCUGUCUCAUAUGUUUGUAUUGGUGUUGCUCUGUGUAAGAUCUCACAUGGUGCUGAGCGAAUCAAAGCUAUGAAAACCUGCACUUCCCACAUCAUUUUAGUGGCCAUGUUUUAUUUACCAAUCAUUAGUGUUUAUAUUAGUGCUCUUACAACAUACAUUGAUCCAAACACUAGAAUAAUUAACUCUGCCCUAACACAAACAAUUCCACCAAUGCUAAACCCCAUCAUAUAUACUCUGAAGACAGAGGAGGUAUUGCAGUCUAUUAAAGUUCUUUGCAAACGCGUCAAGGUGAACUUUGCAAUGGAAGAACCUGUGAAAGGCAUUUUGAAGAAUUAA